AUGCCUGACAAAUCUUUCGCUGUCUCAUCGAAUGGUCGACAAUAUUUGGCUGCCAAACGUCUGUAUAGUGAACAGCAAAGAAUCGUUGUCGAGUCUCCAUGCGAAAUGGACUUCAGCUUCUUUCCAAUGGAUCGGGUUAUGUGCACGACAAUCUUCGAGAGCUAUUCUUUCAACGUUGGAAAGGUGCGGCUUCAUUGGAAACGGCAAGGCCAACCGGUUGAGUUUAUAGACGAAGUGAAACUGCCUGAUUUUCACAUGACCACAUUUAUACACGAAAAAGCGACUUUUCAAUAUCCUGCAGGAGUAUGGGAUCAGGUUUCUUAUGUGAAAGGUUUGGAUCUGUUCAUGUUCGGCUGUGUCGGAUACAUUUUCUUAUCCAUAGUCGAACUGGCAGUGGUUGGAACGCUCGAGAAUAAGAAACCGAGAUCUAACGAAGAUUUCAUGACUGAGGAGGAGAUCAAGAAGAACGUCUUUCAGAGGACAUUCUCAUCAAAAAGCUUUCGCUCAGGCUAU